AUGGGCUUUGGCGGCGUCGUUCUGCGAUUCUUCAACCUCGCCAUUCGAGUGCUUCAGUUUCUCGACUCGGCAGUCAUUCUCGCCAUCUUCUCCUUCUUCUUGGCUGUCCUCACCCGCCAUGAUCAGAACAUCCCUCAAUGGAUGAAGGCCGUCGAGGGUCUAUCAGGGGCUGCGACAUUGUAUGGCUUAUUGGGGUCUAUUUUCACCUGCUGUCUGGGAGGAGUUGCUUUCUUUGCAUUCGUGGCCGUCAUUCUCGAUGUCUGCUUCGUCGGCGCCAUGGUUGCGAUCGCAAUCUUGACUCGUGAUGGCCCCCAAACCUGCUCUGGCCAAGUCCAUACCCCUCUUGGAUCUGGAGCCAGCAAUACCGAUUCCGCAUCCAAGGUCAACUUGGGUCUGGCCUGUCAACUUGAAAAGGUUGUUUUUGCGGUUUCGAUUAUCGGAAUUUUCUUUUUCCUGGUGUCCAUCCUCUUUCAGGUCCUUUAUGCCCGUCACCACAAGCGUGAGAAGCGUUUCGGCCCCUCUCCGGCUAAUGGAUACACCUACGGUACCCGCCGUCGUCUCAUGUUCUGGCGUCGCAACAAGAACGCACCGGAUACCAACGAAGAUGACACCCUGCCUGUCCACCCUUCGCCCAACGAUGUGGAACUGGAAUCCGGCAAAGAAAAGACCUCUGGCGGUCUUUUCAGCCGGAACAAGAACGGAACCGCCGCGAACGGAUACGGCUAUGGCAACUCGGCGUAUACAGGCAACGUUUAA